AUGAAUUUCACAAAGGAACAGUUGUGUGGAUUGCUUUCAAAUGUGUUGUCGGCAGACACCGAACUAUUGAGAGUGACAGAACAGCAGAUCAAACAGCUAAACGAUGUCCAAGGAUUCACAGGUGCACUGAUAGCGCUACUCUUUGACAACAAUGUCUCGCAACUAGUACAAUACGUUGCAACCAUAGUAUUAAAGAAUCAUAUUCAAUCGAUUUGGAGAAAGAAAAACAAUUCAAUUAUAACCGAUCAGGAAAAAGAAGUAUAUAGAUCACAGUUUAUUGAAUUGUUGACAAAGUUUGAUCAUCAAGGUCAGAAUGCAAAGAUCAGUGCACAUCUCGCUAUCAUCAUCUCUCAGAUUGCAAGAGUCGACUUUCCCGCACAUUGGCCAACACUCUUCAACUCAUUGUUGAAUCUCUAUGAGAAUGGAAAUGACACUAUCAAAAAGAGUGCACUCACCACAAUAAAAGCAGUGGUCAAUGAAUUGGCAUCACGCAGAUUCCAACCUGAUAGACAAUCAUAUUAUCAACUGUUGGAUGGUGUUAAGAGCAGUGGUCAACAGCUACAACAGCAGCAAUUGGAGAUGUUUAUACAAACUCAUUUGAAUUCAUUGGAGUUGCUGGUAUUGGUAUCGAAGAUAUUGAGACGUGUCAUUGUCAAUGGCUAUACACAAUAUCAAGAGACACCAGAGAUUGUCGAUCAUUUCGAUCUACUAUUCACUCUACUUCCACAGCUACAUCUAUUCCGUGAGCUCAUUCAACUCUUACCAUCGGAUCACCCAUUCACCCAAAACUACGAUCAACUAAUAACAGUUAAUCAAAAGAUAUUGGUUAAAACACAAACACAAAAUCCAUUAUCUUUUAUUGAUUUCCUACCGAAAUCAUUGGUCUAUUUCAAUCAACAGAUUAUUAGUUUCAAUCAUGCAAAAGCUGGUGUUCAUGUGUUCAAGAAGAGUUUGGUGCAAUCGCUUACUUUCUUGAAGGAUGUCGUCGAUUGUACUAGCUAUCAAAGCGAUAUGAUCUACGAUGAGAAUGAAGAUGAAGUCACUCCGAUGUCGAGUUUGGCUGCCAAACACUCGAUUGCCACCGUGAUGACACCGACCAUCAAAGCACAGCAAUCGAUUCACCAGUUCUUUAGUAAUGAGGUGCUGAGUGAGUUGCUGCGUGCACUCGUCUCGAACUACCUGAUUCUCAACGGCGACGAACUCGCUCAGUGGCAAGAGGAUCCCGAGCAAUUCAUCAACGACAUCGAUAGCGGUGCCGAGACCAACGCCUACGAGAUGAAACCGUGUUCCUACUCGCUGUUCAUCCUGUUGAUGCGACACUUUCACGAGAUCGGUGUGAGGACGGUGCUUGAGAUGCUCAACUACGUGACGAGUGGACACAUGACAGUCGACGGUAACCAGCAGCAGCAGCUGAGCACCGAGCAGAUUCUCCUGAAGGAAGCGUGCUACAUGACUGUCGGUCUUGGAUACUACGACCUCUACGAUAAUGUUAGCUUCGAACAGCUAUUCUCCAAUGUCUUUAUGAAGGAGUUACAGAUGCAAGACAAACGAUACAACAUCAUUAGACGUCGUGUCUGUUGGUUGGUCGGUUAUUGGAUUCCAAAGAUUCCAGUCAACUUGAAACCAUUCAUUAUCAAUCUAGUAUUGGAGUUGACAUCGAACGAUGAUUUAGUCAUUGCACUAACAGCACAAGAGUCAUUAAGAUCAUAUAUCGAUGACUAUCAAACAGAAUUAGAAGAUUUUGUUCCAUACGCAGAUAGAACAUUGUUAUCUAUUUUUAAUCUAUCGAAAAGAGUCACAAAUGUAGAUAUCAAAUGUAAAUUAUUAGAAACAUUAGGUUCUGUUUACAUUAAAAUAAAUGAAAAAAUUAAACCAUUUGGAAAUAAUAUAAUGACAUUGGUAUCUGAUAUGUGGAGUAAUGGUGAAGCUCCACAUCAUUUGAAGAGUGCCAUUGUUAGAAAUCUGACGUUGUUCCUUCAGGCUUUGAAUAACGAUGCCACUGAAUUCUAUGGAUUCCUAUUGCCGGUGAUCGAACAAUCGACUACUCCCGAUACGGAGGAAUCGAUUUACCUCAUUGAAGACGCUCUCGAGCUGUGGCACGCUCUCAUUGUGCGAGCCAAAGAAUUUUCGGAGCCGUUGCUCAAGUUGUUUGGCAACUUGUUGGCCAUCAUUCAAAAGACAUUCGAACACAACGAGAUGGCACUAAAGAUAUUGGAUGCCUAUAUUCUCAUCGGUGGAAAACAGUUGUUUGUCAUCUACGGUGAGCAGAUUGUCAAGAUCAUAUUGAUGCUACUCGGUGACAUCAAAGACGAGAGUUUGCUCUCAACAAUGCGACCAAUCGAUCGUGUACUUCAAGUGUAUCCAGUGGAGGGAGCAGUAUUAUUACAACCGGUAUUUAUCAAGUUGAAUUGUCUUAUCAAUGGAAUCAACGGUGGUGGCGGCGGUGGUGACGAAGAGAAUGAUCAAGUUCAAGAGACAGAACUGGCAAUCGUUCACUAUUUCAAUAUAUUCGCUCGGUUGAUUGCGAUGAAUCCACUUGGAUUCUUUGCUUUUAUGGAUAAGUACGGUGUUGCCUAUCGUCCUUUCUUUGACGGUUGGUUCGACCGUAUCGAUUCGAUCGGUACCUCGGAGGCACGCAAACUCACAGCGGUUGCACUCUCCAAUUUGCUGGCAGUGCAACGAACGGAAGUAGCCGAGCUCAUUUCACCUAUUGUCACCAUUGUUGUUGGUCUUCGUGCAGACAUCGAUCCAAUCGACCUUUCACUGAUCAGUUUCUCCGAGGAUGGACUGGUAUUGCCCGAAACCAGCUUGGUAGACAUUAACCUCAAGAUCGUGUCGUCUCACGACCCAGUCAACACAGUCGAUAUGUCAACCUAUCUAAUCAACAAAAUGAAAGAAUCAUCUACAAUACAUCAAUCGUUCAACCAACAAAUCCAACAAAUUCAUCCAACCGUUUUACAACUUGCAUUUCCACAACAAUGA